AUGCAUCAAAAGUCUGCUCCCGUCGACUUCCAUCGCAUGUUGUUUAUCGCCUACCUGCAUUUGCUUACAUCCCUCCGUGCCAACCAUCCGAUAUCAUGCCCCGAACUGCCUACGCGAGCUGUCCAGACAAUUGAGCCUCGAGUCUGCGAAAGGCAUCGGCCAGGAACCGCAGGAGAGGCUGAAGAGAGCAAGGAAUCGAGUGCACAAGUCAAAAAGAUCCGACACGUCACAGGCAGACGAGGCGGCGGAAGAGAUUGGAAAGAUGACUCACGCUACGCCGCGAAGGGCAGCGUAGCGGCAAUACGUGUGCUCGACGAUCUCCCGUACACGAAUGGGACUGGUUUCACCUCUCCGUCCGUCUACGCCUCCCGACGUGUGCUUGUGCAUUAA